CAUCUGGCUGUCACUCGUUUGCUUACUUUCGACCGUGACGGAUGUCUGCGCGUAAUCAUUACCUCCCGGGAAUAGUGGAAAUCCUUCAUUAUUUUGCGCGACUAAAAAUUGAAUUCUGACCUCCGCGUAGUCACCCUUCCACCGAUAAGCACGAAAUAACCGGGCCCCGUUUCGUGAUUUCGUCGGAUUCGUGGCGCGUGUGAGAUUUGUGUACAGUUAAUGGAUGUUUUCUCCAGAACGAAAAAUAUUCCUCCCGAGGUAGAUAGAUUCAGUGUAGGAAGUGGGUCCAGCAGCAGCAGCAGAGUGUCAUCCGUCAAUAUAGUGGAAAAAUAGAGAUCAAUACGGAUUGUGGUUCUUUCUGCUGUCAUCCAAAAUUUGUUAGAUGUGUACUUGCUACACUCCGGGGCUACCACGCGAAGUUAAAAUGUUAAGAGAAGCGAUCGAAGAAUUUCGUCAAUCCAAGCUAAUUAAUGGUCGUUGUUGAUUUGUUGAAAAUGCUCCUAAAAUAAGGAAUAGAAUCAUGGUUCCGGUGCUGGAAUUGCUGAAGGAAAAUCUGUGGCAAAAAAUGGAAUGAAAAGGAAACGAGAUUCAUAAUGGAAAUUGUGCAUUAAAUUUGAAUAAUCCAACUGAAAAAUCCCUUCCGAAAUUAAAUUGUAUUUGCUAUCAUUUCGGUACGCUUGAGUAGAAUCUAGAAAAGCAGAAAAGUUUGUAUAAUCGUGUCUUGCCAUAGUCGGAUUAAAAUGGAAUCUUCAAGAGAUACUGAAGCAGAUGAAAACACCGAAUUAGACCCACGAAUCCAGAUUGAACUGGAGAAUCUCAACACGGCAACGGAUGAUAUUAACAAAAUCGAAAUCGAGCUGGAGGAAGCCAAAUCAACCUUCCGCAUCCUGAUGAACGAAUCCACCCGAAGGCUGAAACUUUCGUCCAAGAAGCUCGGUAGCUGCAUCGACAAGGCCCGGCCAUACUACGAGGCGCUGGACAAGGCCAGAGCGGCUCAGCUGGAAUGCCAGACGGCGGCCAUCAAGUACCAGCGCGCGAACGAGAUACACGCGGCGGCGAAGGAAACGGUGGCGCUGGCGGAGCAACGCUUCAUGAGUAAUUCGCACGAGUGGCAGUUCGAUAACGCCUGGCAGGAGAUGCUGAAUCAUGCCACGAUAAAGGUGAUGGACGCCGAGAAGCAGAAGGCGGAUAGUGGAGCCGAGCAUCAGAGGAAGGCUAAAAUAUUUCAGGAAGCUGAACUGAAAGUACAACAACUGGAGGAACGCUGCCGGCGCAGCAUCCAGAAAUCGCGGCCAUAUUUCGAAGAGAAGCAGCUGUGCCAGGAACAGCUCGAAGCCCAGAAGGGUCGAAUCCAGCAGCUGGAGGAACAAAUUUCUGCGGCCAAGACCGCCUACGGUACCGCCCUGCGCAACUUGGAGCAAAUCAGCGAGGAGAUCCAUAAACAGCGGGGUGAUCUGAGUAUGGCUGCCCCAUCGGGUCCUCGAGAACCUGGUGUCGGGGCGGAACUGUCCAGUUUGUCCCCUUCGAGUUCCAUGAAGCUGAGCUCGCCUGGUGCCAGCAGUAGUGGCAAUAACUACAAUUACAGCUGUAAUAUGCCGGACAUAUCGACUGAGCUGGAUAAGUGUGAAAUCCACUCGGUGGGAAGCACCUCGCUGGCAACCAGUUCGGCCGUUAGCGAAAAAGAUCCCACCGAUGAUGAUUACAUGAACGAUGCGGAUCUCAAUCUGGAGUUGCUGCGGCAGAAGGUGAAAACGCUGGCUGUUCGGCCGGUGGAAGGUGGAGAUGGUCAGCAGCAGGAGCAGGAGAUUUGGGAGCAUGAACUGAACGCCACCGUAGAUAAACUAGAUCAUCUAAUGAUGCUGAGGGAAUGCUCCCGCAGCAGCACAAAUGCCAUCUCACCCGCCAGCGGCAACAACAGCCAAUCGAACUACGUCAGUUUGCCAACCACGCCAAAGCACCACCAUCAGGCACAAUCACCGGUGCGCUCCGAACAGCAGAAGAUAAAGAUGUUCAAGAAGCUUGACCCGCUACCGCUGGCUAACGUUUCGAUGUAUGCGCUUCCAACCUAUCUCAGCAGCGGUGGGGUGAAACAGCAGUACCCCACACUGACGGUCCCCAUGGGACAAAACGACCUGGUUACGCCACGUAACGAAUCUGCCGGUGCCAUGUUUGGGUUCAAGAGCAAACGGAAAAUGUCCAUGUAAAAUUAACUCUUAAUCUAGGCGGUAAGCAAAUUAAGCCAUCGUGAAGGCAUAUGAGUAAAAGUGUGUUAAUCUCUACUGAUUCAGAGAAUUGGGAUGAUGCUAUUUUUAACGCCUUGUAGUUCUGCCAAGAGGUCCACUGGCUAUCCGCGUUAGAUGGAAUGUUCUUUCGUGUUAUUGAUUGAUUUGUAAGAUAUUUUUGCUGUGUUUUAUUUGUAUAAAAUGAUUAGAGGUGAAGCGAGCUGGUGUAACGAAGAAACAAUCUCGAAUAGAGAAUUCAAUGGAAUACAAGAUAUGUUAACGGUUAGCAUUCAGAAUAGCGCAGUCGGUUUUGAAAAAAAUGGCUUCGAUAUUAGCUUUCGAAUAUUAGAUAUUGAUUCUCUGUGUGUUACUGAACGAAAGUUUAAAAUUAUUUCGAUUGUUCAGAUUCGUUGAAAAUAAUGCGAGUUUUUUUUCGUAUCAGUAAUCAAAAUUGAACAUUCUUCGAGCAAUGCCAUUUUCGACAAUAAUAGAAACAUAAAUAUGUCGGUGCUAGCGAAACUUUCUACAGGAUUUGGUUCUUCACGAUUGCACACAGAAAACUCUAAAUGAGAUCUGCAAAAAUAUUACAAAAUGUAAACGAUAUCAAGUGUAAUCUUUCGCUUUUUGCAGUGGGCUGGAACCGUUCCUCAUUUUCGUUUUUGAAGGGGAUGUCCUUUUUAUAAUAUUGAGUUCCAAAAGAGUCUAGGACAAAUUUCAUGCCAGCUCGUCUUAGGAGUUGGCAGCACCAUCUCAGGUAGCAGUAGAACGUUGUGCGUGUUAAGACAUGGGUCAUUUAAGGUGAAGGUAGAAGGAAGCCACAAACGGCUGCCACAAUGGCGCUCAUUUCUUUCAUCUCCCUCCCUCACCCCUCGCCCGAAAAUCAAUAAUUUUGCGAAACAGUAUGAAGAAAAUGAUCGUUUUCGCACACUUCCCAUCAAGUAACAUCAAUCAUUACUCACCGAUUACUCACAAGAUAUUAAAUUUUCAUCUGCCGUCGCAAUGUAUAGUGAAAAACGUCGGAAAACUCGAGCUAGUGCUCUGAAAGUUAAAGUUUCAUUUUUCAAUUUUCCGCAAUGGUUUUGUUUGUAUUUUCGAAAGCAAAGCACUGAUGCCAGACAACAUCAUCGAAACAGCUUUAAAAACCAUUCAAUAAAAUAUUAUUCCUGAGUCAUGGCGUUUCAUGUAAUGAAAAUCAAUAAAAUAAAAUUGUUUUGAUUCAAUACAAUUAUUGUUAAAUGGGUUUAUAAUGUAAGUUUUAGCUACUUCAAUUUUGGUUAAGAAAAUUGUAUUGAAGAGCUCGGAACACUGCCACGGUUGCCUCUGCUGUUAAAUAUAGUAAACGGAAAAGUAUUACAUUCAAUCAAAAUACCUCGGCCAACGAAGAGAAGGGUUAAAGCUCUCCAACGUGGAUAUGUGAAAAUAAAUACGAUCAACGAGGGAAAAUAUUAAGGAAUUAUGAACAACGAGUUACUGUGCGGAAGAACUUGAAUAAAAAAAGAGCCCCAAUUCGCAUGUGCUAUAAAUUUGCUCAUGUUACGCUCGCGUAUAAUCAGAAUUUUAUUUCAUAUGCAAAUGCACCUUCUAUAUAUAUAUUUAUACUUGCAAUUGUUCAUCGAAACACAUCGUUCAUACAUUUUACUUCAGUAUUGAAUUGGUAUAUGAAGUGCCACACAGUCUGAUAAAUGAAUUGAUCUAUUUACAUACAAGAAUCAGAACAAACUGUGUGAUCUGCUCUUCUCUCACAAACACUGUUACCCCAUGAAAACAUGUGUUUUUACCUAUACUACUACAAUGGUUUCCUUCCACCUUCUCCUCAAGCAACUUUGCAUACUUGAAAUAUUCAAACAAGAAUUUGACUACUUUUUGGAAAGGGCCAAUAAAUUUUUCUUGUUUUUUUUUCAAAAAAAAUUAGAUACCUACAAAAUUCUGGUCAAAGGAUAAAAUGUAAAAAAUUGUUCAAAUUUUCACAAAAAAUAUCAAAUAUAAAAAAAAUUGCUGAAAAAAAAUUAUUUGAAAAAUUAAAAUUCAUUUUGCUCAAAAACGUAUUUUUCGAAAAUUCAAACAAAUAUAUAUGAAUAGCCCUUACAAUUUACAACAUGUCGUCUUUACAUAGGAAAAUGGUCACUUUCACAGGGAAAAAGUUAUUCCAACAACAACUUUUUCAUGUCUUUGAAAAAAUUACAACAAACCCUAAUUUUGUUUAAAGUGAAGAUGGCGGUAUAGUGUAUUCGACAAAGUUUUAGAUGGUAUUAAAAUAUGAACUUUUAUCGAAGACGUCAACUUUCUACCUUUUAUAGUUUAAGGCAUUUUUGUAUGAAGACUUCCGAAAAAAUAAUGUUUUACUCGUAUCAUUUUUGUGUGUAAAUUCCGCGUUUGACAUGUUCUUGACAUGUUUUUGAAUAGAAAAAAAAAAACUUCUUAGAACAUGUAAAUCGCGAUAAUUUAUACAUAACAAUGUUACGAGUUAAAUAUUUAUAGUAAUUUCUCAAAGAAAACUUGUAGAGGUUGUUGUCAGAAAAACUUUUUCCCUAUAAUGGUGCUCAUCUUCCAAUGGGUGACUUGUUGGAAAUUGUAAGUACUUGUAUAUCUAUUUUUCCAGAAUUUUAAAAAGGCAUGUUUUCGAGAAAAAAGUUUUUUAAUUUUCAUUUUUUUUUCAAUGUAAUUUCUUUUCAAAAAUAUGUUUGAUAUUUUUUAAUUGAAAUUCGUAGAUCUUAUAGUUUUUUAACCCUUUGCAGUCGUUUGUCUGCUCUCAGUCACCACAGCAAGAAAUCUUUCUAAAUACUGUUGUCUUGUGAACUGUUUCACUGAAGUAUACUGAGUUUCUAUUAACAAUAGAUAACGGUACUCGGUAUAAACAAAAUAUUUUUAGCGUGGAAAGAUAGAAGGAUCUCUUUCGAGGAAAAUUUCAAUCGCAAAGGGUUAAAUUAAAAUUUUUCGAAAAAAAACGUUGAAAAAACUCAAAAUUUCAAAAAAAAUCUUACACUAAAUCUAUCAGACCUAUAAAAUUUUAGUCUAAGAAUGAAAUGUGAGAAAUUAUUUAUGUUUUCAUGAAUAGUGUCUUGUGGGAAAUCGAUAUAUUUUUUAAAAUUUUUUAAAAAUACGUUUUUGAGAAAAAUGAGUUUUAUUUUUUGAAAUAAUUUUUUUUCAGCGAAAUUUAAAAAAAAUGGUGGUUUGAAUUUUGAAAUUUGAACAAUUUCAUACUUUGACCACUUUGAUACUUUGACCAGAAUUUCGUAGGUAUUAUAUUUUUUGAGUUAUAUUUUUAUGCAAAAAAUAAAAAAAAAAUGUUGGCCCUUUCCAAAAAGUAGUUUAAUUCUUUUUUGAAUAUUUCAAGUAUGCAAAGAUGCUUAAAAGAUCCAUGUAUUUACACCAACAACGUUUCACUGCUAUCUGAGAUGGUACUGACAACGGCCAGUCGAGUUGGCAUGAAAUUCGUCCUAGUUCCUCUUCCGUCAUGUGACUUCCUUAUGAACGGAACGUAAUCUUGAAAAUUAUUGCAUACUCGUAUGGUAUGUUGGGGAUAAGGCUCUUCUAGCUUGGUUUUGAGUUCACAGCUGCAAAUUUCUUUCCAAAUCAAGAACUUCCUGGCUAAUUCAUCAGCAAAAACAAACUAAAAUUUUCUGCAGACAUCUCUUCUGUCAGUGGCCUUACAUAAUUUCAGGUCUGGGAACUGUCCAUAAUCCAUCUUCACGUACGUUUCGUCAUCCAUAAGCAUGCAUCCUUCGUACUUCGUCAAAACCUUGUUGUACAACUUUUGAGUGCGUCUUUUGGCCACAAGAUUUAGCUUCAACGUUCUGUUUGGUUGAAGCUAAAUCUUGUGGCCAAAACUGGACUGCUUUUUAACUGGGCGAACGCUAACUGUUCUUUGGCCAGUUAAAAAACAGAAUUUCGUAAACAAUAGACGCCAUUUUCAAUUUGAAGAUUUGCUGUGUGGGGUAUUCGAAUGCAAUUUGAGAUGUUAUAAAAAUUCACAUUAUUUUCGCAGGAUAAAAAUAUUGAUUAACUCACAGAAAAAUAAUUUCCCCAAAUUAUAUAUCAUACCUGUUGUCGCACUCAAUGCAAAAAUUCCAGUGGAAACCUUCUUUUUAUCCAAUUUCACGAUCAACACAACUCAAACAAUUUAUUGAAGUUUCCCUCGAUUUUAUUUGACGUUUUACAUGCCGGUCCAGUUAAAAAGUGAAUUUCGAAAACUGGUCUUCCCUUUCGCCCAGUUAUCGAAUGAUUACUGUAGUUGUAAAUUAGUUUAAAUCAGUAUGAUUGAACGCGUAGUCUACAGUAAAUAUCUAGAAAUAGAAACAGUUUGGAACCAUAAGCCGUUUGUAGACAAACUUUCGUUAGGCUUGGAUGUUAUUUUUUGAAUAAGAAAUUGUGAUUUUUUUCACGUUUGUUUAUAUUACAUACUUGCCAAAUAGAAAAAACAGGACCGUUUUUGUUCAGUCAUUCGUUAAUAACACACAAAAAUCAAUAACGGAAAUUGUGUCAGAACCUGCAGAGUAACAUUGCAGAUACUAGUAGAUUGAGUACAAAUUCUGAUAAACGUAUACUCGAACCGUAAAUAUACGUAUUAGCAACAGAAAACAUCCAAUAUUUGCAAUCCAAGAAUAGAAGAAACUAUAUUUUUAUCACCACUCACUCGGUAUGAUUCUUGAUUAAUCCCGCAGGACUGCUACGCAGUAAAAACCAAAAGAUAACCGUUGAUGAUGGUAUCCAGUACGUGGUACGUUUUCUUGACUAAUCGUUACGAUUUACUGAACUCACACGCUGACAAUGAAUUAAGAUCUAACGUGAUGAAAGCUUUAUUACUGUUUAAAAAAGAAGUGAGAAUAUUCUGAUAGAUACUAGGAGUACUAACUAAUAUAUGUAGAUGAUACAUUUUAAAGGUGAUGAAACUAUCACCGUUUAGGGAGUAUAGAUUGUUGACAGCAUUGAGCGAGAUGGAAACUAGAUUAACAGUGUUGUUGGUGGCGAAAAUUAAACAGAUAUGGUUUUUUUUUAUUGUACAUAGACAAGAUUAAUUCACUUCAAUAGUAUAAGUGUGAUAAAGGAUAGAAAACAAUCGUAUUUAAUGCAAUAUAUACUAACUAGAUCUAAUUAAACAAUUGAUCAAUCCUAAUUGAUAAUAAUAAUGAGAGAGAAAGUAGAGUAGUUAUCGAAAAAAGGCGAUUGGCCGCUAAUGUUUCGGAGAAAUAUUGAGAAAUCCUACACUACACUAUACAUUACGUAAUACUAAAAUGCACUCUAA